GUUGACCAGAAGUUGCAUAGUAAACAAACAUGGAUUCCAAUGCAGUCUUGUCACAAGUGCCACACUCAUUAUCGGCUAAAUUUGAAGGGUCUUUCGCCUAUCUGACAGUGCGGGACCGACUACCGACCAUCCUGACUAAGGUUAUCGACACCAUCCAUCGCAACAAGAACAACUUCUUCGAGGACUAUGGCGAGGAGGGUGUUGAGGCUGAGAAGAGGGCCAUCCACUGCCUGUCGAAGCUUCGUAACGAGCUGCAGACGGACAAAUCUGUAAUUCACCUAGAGGACACAGAGGAAGAUGUGGACACUUGGAACAGCUACCUGGAAUACCAACAGAGAAUACAGGGGGAGCAGUCUGCUGUCAGUUGGUUCAAGUCUCCCUGGCUCUACGUGGAAUGCUACAUGUACAGACGAAUACAGGAAGCCCUAUGCCUCAACCCACCCAUGCGUGAGUUCGACGUGUUUCGCGAGGGGAAGACUCAGAGCUACAUGGACUCUCUACCGGCCAUCACAACGCUCUGCACACACACACACAACCUCAGGCACACGCUCGCACACAGACACACAUGCUCGCCAGACAACACACACACGCAGGACAACACACUGAUGGAGCACCUCUUCACUCUGCUGCAGGUCUCCUUGUGGGGUAACAAGUGUGACCUGUCCAUCUCUGCGGGGCAGGACAACUCUCAGAAGGCCAGUCCUCUUGAUUCGCUGGCAGCGCUGCGUGCCUUCAUCCUAUUGGACGAGAGUGCUGCGGUGUGGUCGUGUCUCCAGGGGUCAGGCGUUGGUGUCCGUGUCGACUUCAUCCUUGACAAUGCCGGCUUUGAGCUCGUCACCGACCUGCUGCUCGCAGACUUCCUAUUGGCCAGCGGACUGGCCAAUGAAGUGCAUUUCCACGGUAAGCGUUUCCCCUGGUUCGUGUCUGACGUCACUGCGCGAGAUUUUCAUUGGACGAUCUCUCAGGCAGCAUCCUCCAAUCACGCGGCAGUAUCGGCCUGCGGUCACCAGUGGCAACGCUACCUGGAGGAGGGGACGUGGCUUUACCAUGACCAUGCCUUCUGGACCCUCCCCCAUGAAUACUGUGACAUGGGUCGGGUUGCUCCUGAUCUCUACGCACUGUUAAGCUCCUCCCACCUGCUGAUCUUCAAGGGGGACCUGAACUACCGCAAGCUGGUCAGCGAUCGUGAUUGGCCAACUCACACGCCAUUCAAGACGGCUCUCAGGGGCUUUAGUCCCGCCCCUCUGGUGUCCCUGCGCACUCUCAAGGCUAAUGUGCAGGUCGGUCUGAGAGAGGGCCAGGGGGAGGAGCUAACGAAGACCACACCCACUUGGAUGACCAGCGGCAACUACGCCGUCAUACAGUUUCACACACACCAUGCAUGAAGUGUUAAUGUAGGAAGGUGAAGUAAGGUGUGUGGAGCACUGGGUGGAUUCUAAUAUGCGGACUUCCGUCCUCCCUUGCUCACUUGCCUGUCUAUGACCUCAUGAGGAUGUCACCAACGACAGAAAAUGAAUUCAAUAUCUUGCAAAAGCCUGCCCAAUUCUAAUGUCAUUUUCUCAUAUGCAAUUGUGAUGGUGAAUGAAAAACAGUCCCUCAAAAGUUGUUGUGGCUAGGCUGACAGCUGGGAGACUCUAUUGUUUUCUCCACGGAGGCGGGGGCCAGGAGGCGGGGCGAUUCUACAAGCACAAGUGGAGGACGGGAGUGUGUAUAUUGGAAUGUACCCUGAGUGUGUGUGUGUGUGUGAGAGAGAGAGUUCAAGACCUGUUGCACUGAGCAUGUAGGCUGAUGAUGUUAUUUUGGAUGAAUCACUUCUCACACACACUUACUAUGUACAUACACGCACGCACACAUUCCCUCCCAAACUCUGUUUACCUGACACGACAGUUACAUGUCAAGACAAUAAAGUGCUGAAUUAACA